GCUCAUUUGCAUAUGACGCUCAGGCAUAAAUACGGAAGUCCCGUGUUCAAGAAACAUAUUUUCUGCUGCGCAACACAAACCAGAGGCUCGCUUUGACACGCUGUUUCUCGCCACGAUGUCGAUGACAGUGAAAGCGUAUGUUAUCGGUAAAGACGACUGCCACAAGGAGAUCCGCCGCUUUGGCGUGGAUCAGGAUGUCUCAACAAGUUUUGAGUAUUUGAAGCGAAAAGUGCUCGAUGUUUUCCUCGGUCUCAGGACUGUGCCCUUUCAAAUGUACUACAAAGAUGAGGAUGGUGACUUGAUUGCUUUCUCCUCUGAUGAUGAGCUAAUGAUGGGUUUGGCUGUUGUGAAGGAUGGCACCUUCCGUCUCUACAUCAGGCAAAAAAAGGAGCACAAACCUGAUUCCUCACCUCACGGGAGCUUUGGGUUCUCAUUCAGCCCGCCUCAUGGAGUCCCCCACUUUAGCCCCCCAGGUCCUAAUCCUAUGGGUCCACCUCAUAUGGGGCCUCCCCAUCAUCACCCCCCUCCUCCUCCUCAUUUCCCUCCGAUGCUGCACACAGGGGUGACCUGUGAUGGGUGCGAUGGGCCGGUGGCUGGAACACGUUUCAAGUGCACCGUUUGCCCCAAUUAUGACUUGUGCUCCUCCUGCCAGAGCACAGGCCUCCACAAGGAGCACGCUCUCCUGCCCAUCUUUCACCCAAUCCCCAACAUGUCUGAGUGGUUCCCUCAUGGGAAGUUUUGGCAUAAGACGAGACACUGCAUGUGGGCAAAUAACCAUGCUCAGGCUCAUGCUUAUGCUCAGGCCUCAAACCAGGCUCAGCCAGGUCCAUCUGGAGCCCAGCAAAACGAGGAUGCUUCUGAAAACAUGGAAGAGAACGGUGGUACUGCCUCUGCCCAGGCUAAUAUGGAGUACCUGAAGAACAUAGGAGUGGGAGUGGCGGCCAUGUUGAACCCCCUUGGCAUAGAUGUGGACAUCGACAUUGAGCAUGAGGGGAAGCGGGACAAAGCUACACCAACUCCUCCUGCCUCCAGUGGGCCACCUAGUGCUCGGAGUGAGAGUGGCUCCAGAGGGUCUGGUCCAGGAAGUCAAGCCGCUGAAGAGAGCAUCAGUGAGGGAACAAGGAAGCACAGAGAACAAGGCAGUGAUGAGGAAUGGACUCAUCUCUGCUCUAAAGAGGUGGACCCCUCCACAGGAGAGCUGCAGUCCCUCAGGAUGGAGGUGGACGGGACGGAUCUUCCAGCCCCGCCAAGUACAGACUCUAGCACAAGCGCCUCACAGGGUCCCACUGGUCUGCGUGAGGCAGCUCUCUACCCACACCUUCCUCAAGAUGCAGACCCCAGGCUGGUGGAGUCCCUUUCUCAGAUGCUCUCCAUGGGCUUCACCGAUGAGGGUGGAUGGCUGACCAGACUGCUCCAUACCAAGAAUUUUGACAUCGGAGCUGCCCUGGAUACCAUCCAGUACUCGAAACCCGGCCCACAGAAGUAGAGAAGGAGCACAGGAAUAAAGAAGACCUGGGCCAUACCUAGUGCUGUUUGAAACUUCUGGCCUAUUUUCUAUUAACAGUCUUUGCAUACUUUUUCAAUGACAAAUUCUUUACGUAAAUGUUAUCAACAAUACUGAUUACUCAGGUGACGAGCACAUAGUUAAGUUCAUUUUUGGGCUUUUAUGCAAAAUAGAUAUAUUCAACAUUUCUGUCAUUAGCAUUACGCUUCAUAUUAUUAAGAUCAUCGUCAUCAUAUGUGCAUAUUACAUAUAUAAGUAGAGAUCUACAUUUGUGGGAUUUCUCUAUUUGCAUUUACAUAACCAAGAGUUAGACGAAGCAGAAACCUGGGGGUAUUUUUAUUGUUAGUUUGAAUAAGCAGAUGGAAUCGGGUUAAUGUUACUGUAGGUCUUCUAAAAUUCCUGUCCUUUCUAUACACAAUAAAAUGAAAAAAAAAAA